AUGUUGCGCCGAGUAGCUUUGUUCUCCGUUCUCGCCGCGCGCCUCGCCCUAGGCGCUCCUGCGACGGAAGGGAAACCCGUCGUCGAUCUCUCAUAUGGGUCUUUCCAAGGGACCGUAACGGGGAACACCACCAUGUUCCUCGGUAUGCCCUAUGCGAGUCCCCCAAUUGGUGCACUUCGCUUUGAACCUCCUCAGCUACCAGUUCCCUUCGCUGGUGUGAGGCAGGCCACGCAGUUCGGCUCGGCGUGUCCACAACAGAAGACUACAUUACAUCAAAUAUUGCCAUUCGAGAUUGAGAUCUCGGGGUACAAUGGGACGGCUUCUGAGGAUUGCAUGUUCAUUAACGUCUACACGCCCGCUGGCUUUACAGCGGAGGACAACCUUCCAGUAAUCUUCUGGGUCGAACGGGGUGCCUUCGCGUCCGGAGAUUCCUCUCUUUAUGCCGGUCAAAACAUUGUUGACCGAUCGGUGGCGUUGGGCGAGCCAGUCAUCUUUGUAUCGCACAAUUAUCGUCUGAAUGCAUUCGGCUUCCUGGCCAGCCAAGAGGUGCAAGAUGCCGGGCUAACGAACAUUGGAAUGAGAGAUCAGCGUUUCGCGAUGGAGUGGGUUCGCAGCAACAUCCGUGGCUUCGGAGGAGAUCCUACGAAGGUGACCCUCUGGGGCGAUAGUUCUGGGUCUCUUGCGGUCGCUCUUCAGCUCGUUAUUGACAACGGCGAUACCCAUGGUCUUUUUAGGGCGGCAAUUAUGGAAUCAGGAUCUACGACUCCAUUGCCUGCGAUGUCCGGUGGACAGCCGUACUAUGAUAUUCUCGUUGAGAAUACGAACUGCACUGAUGCAGAAGACACAUUAGAGUGCUUACGCUACGCACCAUAUGAAGCAUUGAUCGAUGCAGUCCAAUUGACACCCAAUGUCUACGAUUAUCAGAGCUUGGACUUCGCCUGGGUCCCGCGCAUCGACAACGACUUGUUCUCUCGUAGUCCUCAGAAAUCCUACCAACUUGGUCUCUAUGCGCAUAUUCCGUUGUUAACGGGUGAUUGCGAUGACGAAGGCACUUUGUUUUCGUUAACGAGCGUUAAUGUGACGACCGACGCCGAAUUCCUCACAUAUAUUCAGACAUUUUUUGUAUCUGGUGCCACAGAUGAACAACUUCAGGCCAUUGCAGAGGCCUACCCGCAGGAUCCCGCUGAUGGCUCUCCCUUCGGCACAGGUAACAACUAUACCUUGUCUCCUCAAUACAAGCGCAUUGCUGCAUUCCAAGGUGACUGGGAGUUCCAAGCCCCUCGUCGCUUCACUUUGGGCAUUGCUUCUAAGAGCCAGAACACCUGGGCUUACCGCUACUCUCGUGGUGAUAACUAUCCUUACCUUGGGUCCUACCACUCGUCUGAUCUUCCUGAGUUUUUCACGGAUGUGGAUUACAUUGGAAUGGAUGCGAUCAUUAAUUUCGCAACGAACUUGGAUCCCAAUGCGCCGGCUGAUCUUCCUGCUAAUAUCAGCCACCUGUCUGGCUUCCACUGGCCCUUGUGGAACUCGUCUGCGGAUGCUCCCCCACUCUUUACGUUCACCGACCCUGUGCCGACCUUUAACAUCACUUCUGAUACUUACCGAUUGGAGCAGACCAACCUCCUCACCACCAUCGCCCUCCAGAUGGUCUGA